AAUCCAAGGGUGUGGCUCGUAGUUGAUGUUGCAAGCUAAAGCUAGCUGCACUCUCUCUACGGUUGUGGCUGCCUCGCGACUGUCGCUGCUCAGCUUGAGGAAACGUUAUCUGUGUGUAGUGUGUAUUUGGAGGCCAAGAGAAGCGCCCAAAGAAUAGAAGUCUUCGUUCUAUCGUGACAGCGAUCAUUACGGCUAACGAUCAUUCGACUGUGAAAACAGUGUAUAGGUCAUGGCAAACAGUGGCGACAAAAGUGACUUGGACAAAGUCAGGGCCGAGCUCAUCUGCAGCAUCUGUCUAGAUCUCCUCUGUGAGCCAAAGAAACUCAACUGCGACCACUCCUUCUGCCAAAAGUGCCUGGAAAUCCAAAAGUCACCUCGACAAACGCCAGACCUACCAGAUCCCGCAGAUGGCUCAGGAACAGAAGAAAAGAGCAUGAUAGUGUGUGCCUGUUGUCGCGAGGAGACAGAGCUGCCAGGGAAUGGGGUGGAGGGACUCAAGACCAACUUCAAGCUGAAGAAUCUGGUGGAGAUCCUCAGCUCCCAAGAGAAGGAGAAGACGGUGCAAGACCUUGGUAAGGGCCACUACCGCAGAUUCAACCAGGCUGUCCCCAAGUGCACAUUGGAGGGGCACGACAGCGAAUAUUGUGUGUUUUUCUGCAAAUCGUGCAACGAGCUCUUCUGCCGGUUCUGCAUCCCAGCCCACAAGGACAAGCAGCACGAAUGGGACAACUAUGACUCUGUCUUGUCCCAGUACAAGGAGGAGCUUCGUGGGUCCAUUCAGCCUGCAUACGAGGCCGCACAGAGCGCCUGUGACGCAGUGCAGGAGCUUGAAAACGACAUGGAAGCUGUGACAGAAAACACCGACUCAGUCAAAGGCAGAAUUCGAGAGUACUUCAGCACAUUGGCCUCAGAGCUGCACCACAGGGAACAGACUCUCGUGAAUAUGGCCGAUUGCUACGCGGAAGUAAAAAUGGAGUCUCUUCAAAAGCUCCACAACCAACUACAGAAAGGGCAGACCUCCCUAGUACAAAAUAUAAAACGAAUCGAACAACAGAUGCAGGAAGACAGUGUGGACCUCCUGACUGGGAAGGAGAGUGUCAAGGCCAAGAUGGUGCUCCAUCGCAACACAAUCCGCAGGGGACUCCCCCGGACGGACGACAUCGACACAUUUAUCGAACUCAAGACUGAGUCACAGGUUCCGAUUGCGACUCUCGGACACUUAGUCUUCUGCCAGAGAAACCCACGAACAGGGCUUGUGUCUACCGUCCGAAAAUUCGUUGAGACAAACGACAUGAAACAUAUCCACCUUGACCUGGCCCGUCCUAUGGAUGAGGCGAGGGGUAUGCCGCAGUACAUACAGUUCAAGUACAGAGAGGAACCACAGUCGGUGGAAGACGAAACUUACGAAGACCUUGCGCCUGCAUUGCCAGCGAUGCCUGGUGAAGGCCUACUACCACCUCAAUACAUAAGAUGCUCAAUGCCACUACCACCUGCCCCUUUCGAGGAGAGCGAAAACCCACAGGAGGAAAAUGCAUAUGCACAAGUGGAUGGCGCAGAUGUAAAGAGGGUUGGUAAAAGGCGAGCAAAAACGCUUGGUGGUACAGAAGAGGAUCCUUACGACACCAUACCAGCGUACAAGGGUUCUUUCGACACUGCCAACAUCCUUCCGUAGGAGUCUGUACAGUCUAAGGAGCAAGCCCGAGCUUUUGGAGCCAGAGAGCGUCAUUGAGCUACGCAAUGCCGAUGCGCACGUGUCUGGCAUCAUUUGCACACACAGAUACAGAAAUAUUGUGGUGACAGACGCCAACAACAAGUGCAUACAGAUCCUGGGAGACGAAAGAGAAAUCAUACACACCAUUGGAGCUCCAGAGUUUAUUUUCGCCAAGCCAGUGGCUCUUGCAACUGACAGUGGGAAUCACCUUUAUGUGCUCGAUCAGGAACGCAAGAUGUUCCACAAGUUCCGUCUCAACGGUGACUGCUUGUUCUCCUUCCCAACCAAGCCUCGGAAGACCCCAGAGAAGCCUUGGGACAUUGCAGUCUCUCCUAAUGAUAACACGAUCUACAUCUCUGACUGGAGCAGGAGACGAGUCUACGUCUACAAUGGCCAGAAUGGGAAGAAGAUCCGGUCGAUCAAGGGCUGCUACAGGAGAGGGAAAAAAGACGAGUUUGUGGAGUUUUCACGACCUGCUGGAAUUACAUUUGAUUUAGGGGGCCGACUCAUGAUCGCCGAUCGGGGAGAGAGGUGCGUGUGGUGCAUCAACACCGAGGGAGACGAGCUUAUCAAGACAAUCGGAGACGGUCACAUCCAAGACCCGUACGGCAUUGCGGUGGCAAAGGACGGGAAGAUUGUGGUGUCAGAAAGUGAAUCAGACUGUGUCUCAGUGUUUGGAGACGACGGAGAGCUCCUGCACUAUUUCGGAGGGACAGGGACAGAGGAGGGCCAGCUAUGUCGACCAAACCAUGUCUUUGUUGACUCCAACAUGAAGAUUUAUGUUGCCGACACACAGAACAAGCGUGUGCAGAUAUUUUCACUGCCAGAGGAGGGCCUUUAUCAGAACUAAUGCCAGCUCCAACCACAGAUUAAAAGGCAUACUAGUGAACCACGACUAUCAUAAUUUGUAUAUCUUGUACUGUUUUUGUUCCAUAACUGACUGAGAUUAACAAUUAAAAGGGA